CGCUCCUCCCAUAGUUCCUGCCCAGGCUUCGUUGCUGUGAAGUUUCUGCAGACGGUUUUUACAGGAACAUGGCUUCCCUAGCAACGGUCGGCGGCGAGUCGGAGGCGGCAGAGCCGGGUUUGGAGCAGGAUGAAAGUUGUUUUAGCCAAGUUGAAGAAGAAAGAAGAUUCCAUGUUCAAAACUGGAAAAUAAAGGCUGAUCAAGCAAAGAAAGCAGAGUUCUUCCGCGAAGCUGAGAAACUUAAGAACCAAAUUGCACAUUUAGAAAAAGACAAGAAUGGACAUCUUUAUAACAAGAAGAGCGACUUCAGGACUGAGUACAGCACGCUUGAAGAAUAUGAGCAAAAACUGGCGAACAACAGAAAAGCAGAAAAAAUUAAGACAGAACAGCAACUUUCAAAAAUACACAACAAUGUCAAGAGACUUCAGCGACAACUGAAAGAUGUGAAGCCUACUCCAGAAUUUGUUGAAAAGCUCAGAGAAAUGAUGGAAGAAGUAGACAGUGCAAUCAUAGCUUUUAAAGAAGAACAGAGAGUUAUUUAUGAAGAGCUAAUGAAGGAGGAGAAGUCUACCAGCAUUGAAUUGACUGCUUUGGAGAAGAAAAUAGAGGCAUCACUGAGCACGGCUCCAGAGAAGGUCUUCAGAGCACCUCCCGGGAAAGUGCUAGCAGACACAAUAAUAUCUCACCAGCUUCCCGAAGAGGUGAUGGCCUUUGAAAAAUUUCUACAGCAGACAGGUGGCCGUCUGGGAGGAUGGGAUGAUUUCGACCACCAAAGCUUUCUUAAGGUGUGGACAAAGCAUAAGGGCAAGCCUGCAUACCUGGAAGAAGCAAUGGCAUAUCUCCCUAGUCGAACAAGAGAGGACGUACAGCAGCAUGAAAAAUGGUAUCAAGAGUUCCUCUUCCUUGAGGAAAAAAAGAAAGAGGCUAUUCAGAAGUGGAAAGCAAAGAAACAGCUGGAAAAACACGAAAUAUCAAAGUUACAAGAAAAGAUGGAAGACGAGUCUGAUCGGCAGCAAAAGGAAGCAGCUCAGAAACAAAAACUGGAAGAGGAAAGAAGGAAGCGGCAACAGGAACUGGAGGCCUGGAAAAAAAAGAAAGAGAUUGAAGUGGCAGCAAAGCUUGAAAUGAGGUUAAAAGAAGAAAAAGAACAACAAAAGAAACAGAGGAAAGAGCGACAGCGUCAGCUGGAGGUUAAGCUUUUGGUGGAAGAACACACGCGCCUAAAGAAAGAGCAAGAGGAGUUUCUAAGACUGGAAAAAGAGAUGAAGGAAGAAGCGGAGAUAGAAGAGAGGAAGAAGAUGGCUCUGUAUGAAAUAUACCGAUUUCAGGAACGAGAUCAACAGAAACUUGAAGAAAAAGCACGAGAAAAACGAGCUAAAGAGGAGGCAGAAGCAGAAAAAGAGAAGCGGCUGGCUCUCUUAAAGGAAAAGGUAGAAGUUCACGUUGAAAGGGAUCCUUCCAGACUUUGCAAACUUACCAAAGGAUGGGAAGAACGUUGUAGAGAAAUUGGACCAACUGGAUCAGCUCCUUUACUUCAUAUUCCACACAGGGCUGUACCAACGUGGAGGCAAGGGUUAUAGGCAUUCUACUCAAGAAGAC